AUGAAAAUUCCUUCAUUAAAUAUAAAGUGUCUUCCAGAGCCAAAAACAAAUGACCAUUCACAGGAACAUUAUGAAAUCCCUUUCAAGUUUUGUCGAAGUGAGGAAGAUUUAUCGCUAAGGAAAUCGUUUAGAAACGGGAAGUGUCCAAGCAAACUGUUUCGUUUUACAAUAUUCUUUACAAUUACUUGUCGCAUAUUAACAUGCAUAGCAGUUAUACUUAUAUCACUGAAUUUUGCUAUCAAUUAUGUACAACCUGCAAAUCAAAUUUAUACUGUUGCAGAGCCUACAAUCAGUGCUCAAAUUUUGAUAAAGUGCCUUGGUUCUUUUACUUACGUAUUUUGCGGAAUGGAAAUAAUUCUAAUCUCAGUACAACUUAUAUUAUUUCUAACUUUUAUCAAGAAGGAAUAUGCUUUCUGUGGCGUAUCAAUAGCUGUGGACUUCGCUUUCUCAUUCCUUUUUUUGUUGUUUUACUUACUUCUCGUAGCAAUAGGUUUAAAUUCAUCCGAGGUGUCAUCAACGUUAAUCGCUGGCAUAGGAACGUUAUUGAAAGAUGAUGAUCUGCAAAAGUUUAUGCAUACGGUAGAUGAUAUUCAAAGAAGGAUGCAGUGUUGUGGUUUUGCUGGAAAUCACACGGAGUGGAUGCAGAAAAAAAUAAUUCACUAUUAUGAUCCGAUCGAGGAUGAAUUAAAAAUAAUGCUAGAUCAGGCAGAUAUUUGGAAAUCACAAAAUGAUGAAGAAAAAAUGAAUUCAGCUUCUUUAUCUUGUUGCUCGAACACCAAAAGGAAUUGCUCCAAAGAAAAAAUGCACCAGCAAGGUUGCUUCAAUAAAUUAAGCACAAAUAUUAUCUGGCUAAUGGAUUCAAUAGGUAUAGCUCUAGUGGUGAAGUUGAUGCUUUCUGUGUUGCAAGAAGUAAUAUUUGCAUAUGUUGUAAUUGGUAUCACUAUAACAAAUUCUGCUAUUACAGAACUGUUCAGCAAGGACGAACACUCACGAAAAAAGAAUAGUUAUCAAAGAGGAUUAUUAAUUCCUUCAAAAAUAUCAUUACCUUAA